UUUAUAUCUUCUUGAUAAUCUUUUAAAAAAAUUUCUAUUAAAUAUAUAAAGGAAGAACAAGAAAUAAAAUCACAGUAGUGAGGAAAAGAAUACAAUACGAAAUUGUACGUCUUUACAUCGAAAAUGAAAGUAUACGCAGCACUUAUAGCAAUAUUUGCUGCAAUUUUGGUGGCUUUCGUUUCCGCCGAAGAACCUAAAUGUCCAGAAGUAAAUGGAGAUGAUGCCACUCUACUUCCGAAUCCAGAUGAUUGUUCAACCUUCUAUGAAUGCGAUGAAGGAAAGCCAUUCUUAUUGGAAUGCAGUCCAGGACUUGAAUACAAUCCUGAACUAAGAGUAUGCGAUUAUCCAAAUCCCAAUGCAACUUGCAAACAUCGUCCUGAUCUCGAUCCAAACAACCCAAACAAUCGACCCUCAAGUCAGCCACCUCAACCUCAACAUCAUCCUUCAUCAUCUCCGAAACCGAAACCACCACGUCCUACACCACCACGUCCUACACCACGUCCUACAUCGAAACCACCAAAGCCAUGCCGUCAACCAAAACCACGUCCACCAUGCAAACCAAAGAAACCAUGCAAGAAACCUUCCUAUGCUUUACCACAAUUCUAUCCUAGCCCAUAUUUUUCUCCAAUUCUUCCACGGGAAUAUUAUGAAAAUUAUUAUGAAAAUGAAGAAUAUGAAAAUGAAGAAUAUGAAAAUGAAGAAUACAAUUAUGAUUCAGAUGAAGAGUAAUCUUGGCACAACUUGUUAAUAUUAUAUUGAAAUUGAAAUUAAUCUAAAAUAUAUUAAAUGUGUUGAUAAUAUAAAA